AUCUUUGGUGAUGUGAUAUUGUGGAUCAUUCCAGAAGCCAUCUGUCCGACAAGGAGCACAAGAAUGCCGAGUGGGUUUUGAAGCUGUGUGGAACCUCACCUUAUCGAGAUCGUUCGCUAAGCCAUCUGUCUGAGAAGGAGCAAGAACUGCUGAGUGGCUUUUGAAGCUGUGUGGAAACCUCAUCUUAUCCAGAUUGUUCGCUAACUGACCUAUACAGAGCUCAUCCAGAUCAUCGAGCAUGGCAGAAAGUGCCAGAAAGAACAAAUCUGCAAAGGAUGUAAUUAUCAGGAGACAAAAGGCAUACAGAGCAGCUAUAAGUGUAGAUUUCCCCUGUUGUCUACUUGAAGAUGACGAGGAACUUGAAAUAUCCUUCAUCAAAACAACAUUUGUGGAAGAAGAAAAAAAACGUGAACAAACUCUAUGUUUGGAAAAACAUGAAGACCUGGCCAUCUUCGUUGUCCACACAACAGGUGGUAUAAACAUAAAACAUGCUAUAAUGAAAAACAGGAAUCUCCAUAAUACAGUGAAUCAUGUGUGUGUUGUUGCAGUCAAAGGGAAAACUGUAAAGAAUGCUCUGCGAGGAGAUGGACGUUUUGCCAAGAAGUUAUUUAAGAAGGACUUUGCUCUUCAAGAUGAAGCAGAUGGGAAGACAACCACACUCAUGACAAACCCUGUGAGUGAACUGGAAGAUCAUAAACUAUACAGAAUUGUUCUUAACAGCCCUGAUGUUAUGCCUGAUAGUCUGGAAAUGGUGGAUGACCUCGAUGAUCAAUCUCAAUCAAAAUCAGAAGCGGAUACGGCUGAUUCAUGUCCACAUUCAAACAUCUCAGAUGGUCAGUCCUCAGGAAAGGCCUUAUUGGCCUCUGGCAAAAAGGAGAUGACCACCACUUCAAAGUCAAAGCGUACAAAGAAAGUGGAAAUUCUGGGAAAAAUACCAAACACUGGGGAGAUUUUAAAGAUUCUACGUGAUCAAUUUGACAGUUUGGUACAGCAGCUUAAAGCUCGUGAGGGUAUUAAGAGUGCUGAACAAGUGCGAGAGCUCCUCAGAGAGGAAUUUUCAAAGGAAACUCAGGGUUUCUCUGAGAUAAAAACUUUAAAAAUGCUCAUGGAACGAAGUGCCUCUAUCUGCCAGGUCUAUUACAAUAAUCAAGCAUUAGGAACAGGGUUUCUACUCUUUGGCAGAUUCAUUCUCACUAAUGCACACGUCAUCACAGAUCAAAACAAAGAAAACCUUUUAAACAAUCUAAGUGUGUCAUUCAGUUUUGAAGAUUUAGGCCCAGAAAACAAAAAGCAUUUUGCAUUGAAGAGAAGGCCUAUAGCAUAUGAAUAUGUGUAUACCCCGCAACAAAGUGUGGACUUUGCUCUGUUGGAGCUAAAGAAGUCUCCUGAAGCAUUGCCUCCACCACUUCUUGUCUGCAUCAUAGGUCACCCAGACUCCGGUGUUAAAAAAAUGGAAACGUGUCUCAUUAUUGAGCGUGAAAACCAACAACAGGCAGCCAAGAAACAUGCAAAAGAAAAUUCUGAUUUUUGUCAAGUCAUUAAAGACACAUACUUUAACACGAAACAAGACCUUGAUGGCUCUCAAAUUGAGUACAACAGCUGCUUUUUCUAUGGAGCAUCUGGAUCCCCUGUCUUUGAUGAGCGCUGCAAUGUAAUAGGCAUGCACACAGGAGGGUAUGUGUACAAAACAACAAAACCAAUAGGCAGCAUCCUUGAAUAUGGACUCCCUUUACUGCCCGUUCUGGUGUCUAUUCUCAGACAAACAAAGGACAAACAUCAACAUGUGUGGGAAUCCUUUUUAGCCGAGAACACAAAACUAGUGAAGCAGUAUGCUGAGGACAUGACCUUUAGACCAGACUUGGGCAACCAUGCUUGGGAAAGUGAUCUGCAUGUGGACAGUUAUGAGGAAGAGGAUGAGGAUAAGAUUAAGGAAGAGGAGGAUGAGCACAUGGAUGUGGGAGAGGAGGAGGAAGAUGAUGAAGAGGAGGAGGCAGACAGUGAUGAAGAGCAAGAAGAGGAGGAGGCAGACAAUGAUGAGGAAGAGCAAGAAGAGGAGGAGGCAGACAGUGAUGAGGAAGAGGAAGAUGAGGAUGAUGAUAACACAGAAGGAAAAGCAAAGAAACGCAAAUUGGUAUGUGCUCUAUUCCUGAGCAGUCCUCCUUGGAAAUAUUGGCUAUUAAACUCAAUGGACACAGGCCCACUGUUAUUGCUAUUAAUUACAGAUCACCAAAACCAUCAAAUGUUUUUAUUCACAAACUUUCUACUCUUUUAACCACAUUUAGUGCAAUGUCUUCUAGCAUUAUCCUAAUGGGGGACUUUAAUAUCCACUUUGACCAUGCUGAGAAUUUAUUGACUAAAGAUUUUAAAGUUUGAGUGUUUGAAGAUCAUCACAGAGGAGAUCAUUGAAGCAAAGGCCUUUCCCUGUGUAGCACCCAAACUGUGAAACUCACUCCCCUCACACAUCCUUGUUCUCAACUCCAUCUCACAAUACAAAACGGCUCUUAAAACCCACCUUUUCAAGAUAGCUUAUGGACUUUAAUGUACCUUUUAACUGAUAGAAACUGUAGAAAUCAAGAGCACUGGGAUGUGGUUGCUGGUGGGCAUGGGAGGAAGGGCUUCAUAAUUGUUUUAUAAACUUCUUAUAAAAGGCUAUUUUACUUGUGAUUAAAAUCCCUUGUGUA